AUGCAUUUAUAUAUAACAUUACCCAAUUCAGUCAUCUAUCUAUCUAUCUAUCACGUUCUGUUCAUAUCUAUCAAUCUAUUUCUACGACUUUCAAGUUUGACACCCUCUCUCUCUUCCACUCUCUCUCUCUCUUUUCCCCUCUCUCUCUUUUCCUCUCUCUCUCUGAAAUCAUGUGACACACGCUUCCUACAAAAUUGUUCCCAUCAUUUGAUCUUGCUACACCUCAAGUCGAAACCUGUUGAGAAAAUUCUUGUCUUCAUUUUUUCUCGUUUUCUCCUACUUCUUUCUUUCUUUCUUUCUUUCUUUCUUUUAUUCUUUCAUUCUUUCUUUUAUUAUUUCUUUCUUUCUUUCUACUUAAUUUUCUCUUUUCACUUCUUUCUUUUCUUUUUAUAUUGUCUUUCCGCAAUUUUAUCUCUGUCUUUCUUUCCGCGUCUUUCUUUCUCUCUUUCCCCUACUUCUUUCUUUCUUUCUUUCUUUCUUUCUUUCUUUCUUUCUUUCUUUCUUUCUAUUUCGUUUCUGCUUCUUUCUUUCUUUCUUUCUUUCUUUCUUUCUUUCUUUCUUUCUAUUUCGUUUCUGCUUCUUUCUUUCUUUCUUUCUUUCUUUCUUUCUUUCUUUCUUUCUUUCUUUCUUUCUUUCUUUCUUUCUAUUUCGUUUCUGCUUCUUUCUUUCUUUCUUUCUUUCUAUUUCGUUUCUGCUUCUUUCUUUCUUUCUUUCUUUCUUUCUUUCUUUCUUUCUUUCUUUUCUUUCUUUCUUUCUAUUUCGUUUCUGCUUCUUUCUUUUCUUUUUUUUCUUUUCUUUUCUAUUUCUGCUUCUUUCUUUCUUUCUUUUCUUUCUUUCUUUUGUUUCUUUCUUUCUUUCUUUCUUAUUUUACCGCUUCCUGUUUCUCUCUCUCUUUCUUCCUCUUUUUCCUCUAUCUUGUUCAUUAAUAUUCGUUUACUAGCUGUAUAUCUUUUCAUAUCUAUCUAUCUAUCAUCUAUCUAUCUCUAUCUAUCUAUCUAUGUUCAUACAUCUUGCUUUCUCUCCUCAGCUAUCUAUCUAUCUAUCUAUCUAUCUAUCUAUCUAUCUAUCUAUCUCUGUUCAUACUUCUUGCUUUCUCUCCUCAUCUAUCUAUCUAUCUAUCUAUCUAUCUAUCUAUCUAUCUAUCUAUCUAUCUAUUAUCAUAGUCUUUUCAUAUCUAUCUAUCUAUCUAUCUAUCUAUCUAUUAUCAUAGUCUUUUCAUAUCUAUUUAUCUAUCUAUCUAUCUAUCUAUGUUCAUACAUCUUCAUCAUCUUCUAUCUAUCUAUCUAUCUAUCUAUCUAUCUAUCUAUCUAUCUAUUAUCAUAUCUUUUCAUCUAUCUAUCUAUCUAUCUAUCUAUCUAUCUAUGUUUCAUAUCUAUUUAUCAUAUCUAUCUAUCUAUGUUCAUACAUCUUUCUCCUCAUAUCUAUCUAUCUAUCUAUCUAUCUAUCUAUCUAUCUAUCUAUAUAUAUAUCUAUUAUCAUAGCCUUUUAUCAUAUAUCUAUAUAUAUAUCUAUAUAUCUAUCUAUUAUCAUAGCCUUUUCAUAUCUAUCUAUCUAUCUAUCUAUCUAUCUAUCUAUCUAUGUUUCGAACACUCUUUUUACAAAACUUGUAUAUAA